AUGCGAUCAAUCAAACGUUUUUGUGAUAGAUUACCAUUAAUGACAAUUAAAAGCCAUAACGUUAAAUUAUCAUCUAAAGAUAUCCCAUCCACGUCUAAAAAAUCAAAGGAAACAUAUUUCUUUUCAGUUACAGAUCAUAUUAAACGGAUAUUAAGUAAUCUAAAGAUAAGAAAUUGUCUUUAUUUUAGUGAAGGAAUUGAAACUGAUACUAAAUCGGAAUUCUGGUAUGAAGAAUUGUGGCAGCAAUCACCUCUCUUUAGAGCAGAAUGCUAUCAUCAUAACAAUG